AUGAAAACUAGAAUUCCUCUCACAGGUCUAGAUAGGAUAGUAUGGACAUAUACUAGAAAUGGUUCUCUUACUGUCAAGUCUGUGUAUAGGGUUAUCAUUAGUAAUUCAAGUAAUUCUUCUUUUGUCAGUAACCAUACUCCUCUUUACAAGAAAUUAUGGAGUUCCCCGAUACUUCAUAAGGUCCAAAUCUUCAUAUGGAAAUGCUUCGAAUAUAUCCUUCCUUCUAAAUGUAGGCUUGCAUUUUAUUGCCCUAACCAGAACACUCACUGUAGCAUGUGUAAUGAUAAUCAGUUUGAAUCUGAAGAGCAUAUUAUAUUUAAUUGUAGAUUUGUUAGGUAUAUUUGGGCUUUAGUCCCUCAUGGAAACUUAGUUCUGGAUGAUAUGGGGACAAACAUCUCUAUUUCUGAUUGGAUUAGGAAAUGGUUAUUGGGUAAUUACAGUUCAGAGCAAAUCUGUCAUGUUUUCACAACUGCUUGGUGUAUUUGGAAGGAAAGAUGCUAUAAUGUCUUUCAGGAUAAACAGGUUAAUCACAUAAGUACAACAAUAUUUUCCUGUAGAUUAGUAAAUGAAACUUUGGGUGCUUUGUCAACUCAAGAUGUGAUCAUUCAACAACAACAUAUUAUUCCAGCUGAUGGGAUAUCAGAUACGCUAGAAAGCGUUCAUGUUGAUGCACCACUGGUAGCACACUUUGAUGCCUCCUUUGAUCUAAAUACUCAUUCUUGUGGUAUUGACAUAAUUUUAACAAAUUCAGAGGGUAACUACAAGGGAUGCAAAACCAUCUCAGGUCUAGCAAACGAUGCAGAGGAAGCGGAAAGUAUGGCAGCCCUGAAAGCGGUCAAAUGGAUCAAGAUGCUGGAUUAUCAAAACAAUCUCUAUAAAAGGAGUGCAGAAAAUGUUAUCUCCUAUUUAAAUAAAAGUUCUAUCCAGAUUAGCUGGUGUAGUUCCUCUAUCUUAGAUGAUUGUUUAUCAUUCAUGAACUCUUUUUCUUUUUAUAACUUUGUUCAUGUUAGAAGAGAGCUCAAUGGCUUAGCGGAUAAAGCAGCCAAACAUAGUAGGAAGUAUGUUGUAACAGGUGAAUGGGGGUAG